AUGAAUAUACUAGCUGCAUGUACAUUUGACUUGAGAUUUACUUAUGUGUUAUCUGGUUGGGAAGGAUCAGCUUCAGACUCAAGGAUACUAGAAAAUGCAUUAACUAGGGAAGAUAAAUUGAAAGUUCCUAAAGGUAAAUCUUAUCUAGUUGAUGUAGGGUAUCCUUUAAGGUCCAAAUUUAUCACUCCAUAUCGAAGUACUAGGUACCAUUUGAAAGAGUACUCUCGUUGUCAUCCAGAAAAUAUGAAAGAGCUCUUCAAUCUUCGACAUGCAUCACUACGCAAUGUGAUUGAAAGGGCAUUUGGAGUGCUAAAAAAGAGGUUCCCUAUCAUAACUAGUGGAUCAGAGGCAAAUUAUGAUGUUGAUACAAUUUCUGAAAUUGUUUUAGCAUGUUUCAUUUUGCAUAAUUUUCUUAUGUUGUAUGAUCUAGAUGAAGAUCUCUUACGUCAAGUUGACAAUGAAUUGAUGCAAAAUGACUUUGAAGCUAAUGAAAUUAGAUAUAAUAUUAGGGAUGCAGAUGCUCGACUAGGAGAGCAAAUAAGAAAUGACAUGGCUAUGUGCAUGUGGCAAGAUUAUAUGUCUAGAUCUUAA